AGACACACACACAGACACACACAGACAGAGGAGGUCAUCCUGCUGCCGAGCGACAGAGACAGACAUUUUAUCUGUGAAUAAAGUCCGCUGAUCACAGCUGGAGAGGACCGAGACUCCUGUCCAUCCUUUCCAGUUAAACACAGUGGGACUGUGGAGAGUCUCCUGGACUUUGUGGAAAUGUGUGCCGUGCAGGAGCUGCGCUCGCGGGUCCAGCAGCGGCUGGCCGCGGCCGCCGAGGAGAGCUGCGGCCUGUUCGAGCGGACCAUCGCCGAGUACGAGGCGCAGAACAGCCGCCAACAGAAGCUGCUGGCCGCGGUGCUCCACCCGGAGGUCCGGCUGCAGAGGAUAGUGUUGCCUCAGCAGCUGCUGGGGAGUGAAGAAGAGGUUCCCCCUGAGCAGCAGGAGCAGACCCCCAGCCUGGACCAGCAGGAGCCAGAGCCUCCACACAUUAAAGACGAACAGGAGGAAGUGCAGCUUCAAGAUAUCACCAAAGUCCCACUCACUGCUGUCCCUGUGAAGAGUGAGGAUGAUGAGGAGGAAGCUCAGUCCUCGCAGCUUCAUCACAGCCAAACUGAGGAGAACAGAGAGGCGGAGCCUCCAGCCAGCAGCUUCACUGAACACAUGGAAACAGAAGUUUAUGGAGAGGAGGCAGCCAGGAACUCUGAUCCAGCUGCUGAUCUACAACCAGCAAGUGAUGCCAAGACAUCCAGCUCCUCUGAACCUGAGACUGAAGACAGUGAAGACGAGUGGAAGGAGAACAGAUUUUGGCAAAGAUUGUUGCCUCAGCAGCUGCUGGGGAGUGAAGAAGAGGUUCCCCCUGAGCAGCAGGAGCAGACCCCCAGCCUGGACCAGCAGGAGCCAGAGCCUCCACACAUUAAAGAGGAACAGGAGGAAGUGCAGCUUCAAGAUAUCACCAACAUCCCACUCACUGCUGUCCCUGUGAAGAGUGAGGAUGAUGAGGAGGAAGCUCAGUCCUCGCAGCUUCAUCACAGCCAAACUGAGGAGAACAGAGAGGCGGAGCCUCCAGCCAGCAGCUUCACUGGACACAUGAAAACAGAAGUUUAUGGAGAGCAACCAGUCUGGUACUCAUAUCCAGCUGCUGCUUUACAACUACCAAGGUGGGCAGUCAGAAGCUGCCCAACUUGUGGCAAAUGUUUUGUUUUAAGGCAGCAGUUUACAGAGCAUAUGAAAGUCCAUGGGGAGAGACCCUUCAGGUGCUCACUUUGUGGCAAAGGUUUUCAGGGUCAGCGUGGCUUUACCCAACACAUGAAAAUCCACGGAGAGAAACCAUUCAGUUGCUCAGUUUGUGGUAAAGCGUUUAUCCAAAAGGCUGCACUCAUUAACCACAUGAUAAUGCACACAGGAGAGAAACCGUACACCUGUUCAGUUUGCAGCAAAAGUUUUACCCAGCAUGCCAUCAUGGUCAUUCACAUGAGGACGCACACCGGAGAGAAUUUGUACAGAUGCAGCGUGUGUGGUAAAGCGUUUGCCUACAAGAAUUCUUUGAGUGUGCACAUGAGGACGCACACCGGAGAGAAACCAAAUUGCUGCGGCAUGUGCGGUAAAAGAUUUAGCAUGUUGGCCAACAUGCAGAGACACAUGAGAAUCCACACAGGAGAGAAACCCUACAGCUGCAGUGUGUGUAAGAAGAGUUUUCGUCAAAUGGCGCAUCUCAAAGCACACAAGUGUGUCGGUGAAGCUGCAGAGCUGCCGGACUCUUCAUCACGACCAGAACAAGAAACGUGUUAAAGCUCAUGAUCGUCCAGCAUUCAGGAGGAAACCCAAACCGUCUAGUCAGUGAUGUGAUUAGAGAUUAGUGAUCGGCCAAUGCUGGUUUUUCAGGGCUAAUUAACAUUAUUACAUUAGUAAUAAAAUGCAAUGUAAUUACCAAACAGUUAAAGUUCUAGUAAGAUUGUACAUUUCCAUAUCAGUAGCAUUAUCAGACAACAAGAUGAACAUGUGUGUUUGAAAGGCGAAGCAGACGUCAGUCCUGCUUGCCGGCUCCUCUUCCUCCUCCUCCACCGUCUUCAUCAACUUGUUGUGGAGCCGUUUGAGAACAUCUGUAUGUGUGAACAUCUGUAUGUGCGAAAUGAUGGAGCUCACUGUCUUAUUAAUGGCAGCGAUCCAGAGAGUUUCUGUCUGACAGCAGCAGGAGAUAAAAGAUUUGGACCUGGUGGCAUAACACGACACAAGUGAAAUAUUUCUCAAAGAUUUUCUUAGAAAAAAUGUGUUGCACAAACGGAAUGUAAGCAAAAUACUCAGGAAAUAUCUUAGGAAGUAGCACAAAAAACUGGAAUAUUAAUCUAAAAAGCUCAGCUCAGUGAUGUUUUUGUCAUAAUGCCUCUUCAGGUGGGGGCCCCAGUUUAUCGAAACUUAGCGCUGGGCAUGGGACAAAAAAUAAAUAAAUAAAUAAAUAAAUAAAUAAUAAUAAUAAUAAACUUGUGAGGAAGUUCGUUCUCAGCAAUAAGAAUCUCACUGCAAUCUCGACCUGUAUUGAACAGUUCAAACUUGCCACGGAAUUCUAACUUCAUGAAAACACUAAGAUUCUUAAUUUCUGGGUUUUAUAUGCUAAAAAUAUAAUUUUAAUGAGCAUUAUAUUCCAUUUCUGUCUUCAACAAAAUCCAGCACACUAUUCCUUUAAGAGGUUAAAGUGAUGUUUUGUGGACUUUUGCAUGGAAAAAAGACUUUUAUUUUAAAGAAGACAUAAACAAUGAUUGUUACUAUGAUUUUUUUUUUUUUAACAAUUCAAAAAAUGAAGAAGCGACCCUGUUUCAAUUUGAAAAACAUAACUUACAUGGAAGUGAAUAUUUCAACACUAUCACUGUUGUUUGAUGAAGACGGCUUUUCUGCAUGUUUGUUAAGGCAUCGUUUAUUCAGUAAAAUAAUUCCACAUGCGUUUUUUUUUAAUGUCUUUUAUCUUUCUUUUGUUAUUU